ACCCAAAGAUCCGACCCGACUGACCCGAGUAUCAAUGGGCCUCAGCCCAUAAAAGAUAAACAUUUGAGAGUCAACAACUGAAGAAGAAAGAAGCAAUGAGAGGACGAUUCUUGACACUCUCAAGAGUAAAGCUCGAGCUUGCGAGAAGAAGAAUGUCUGCAACAUCCGUACCUUCAAUGGCGGAUUUUCUCACGAAAAAAACUUACUCUCCUCCUUCUUGGGCUUCUUAUCUUCUUCCGAUUCCUUCCCACACUUUCUCUCUCGCUCACCUUCCUACUCCGAUCCAUAAAUGGAAUCUUCCUGGUCUUCCUAAUGGCACUGAACUCUGGAUCAAGCGAGAUGAUUUCACCGGAAUGGAAUUGAGUGGAAACAAAGUCCGAAAACUCGAAUUCUUAAUGGCGGAAGCUGUUGAUCAAAACGCCGACACCGUAAUCACUAUCGGCGGUAUUCAGAGCAAUCAUUGUCGUGCUACAGCCACCGCAUCUAACUAUCUCAAUCUCAAUUCUCAUCUUAUUCUUCGUACUUCCAAGCUUCUUGCUGAUGAAGAUCCUGGAUUGGUUGGGAAUCUCCUUGUCGAGCGUCUCGUUGGAGCUAAUGUUCAUCUCAUCUCUAAAGAAGAGUAUUCUUCCAUUGGGAGUGAGGCUCUUACUAAUGCUCUGAAAGAGAAACUGGAAAAGGAGGGUAAAAAACCGUAUGUUAUUCCGGUCGGUGGAUCAAACUCUUUGGGAACUUGGGGUUAUAUCGAAGCAGCAAGGGAAAUUGAGGAGCAGCUGAAAAGUAGACCUGAUGGUCUGAAAUUUGAUGAUAUUGUGGUAGCAUGUGGCAGUGGUGGUACAAUUGCUGGUAUUUCAUUGGGGUCUUGGUUGGGAGCUCUAAAAGCCAAGGUUCAUGCUUUCUCGGUUUGUGAUGACCCUGAUUACUUCUAUGACUUUGUCCAAGGGCUUUUGGAUGGACUUCAAGCUGGUGUUAACUCUCGUGAUAUUGUUAGCAUCCACAAUGCCAAAGGAAAUGGAUAUGCCAUGAACACGUCAGACGAGCUUAAGUUUGUAAAGGAAGUAGCAAGUUCAACUGGUGUUAUUCUUGAUCCUGUUUACAGUGGGAAAGCUGCGUAUGGUUUGAUAAAUGAGAUCACCAAAGAUCCCAAAAAUUGGGAGGGAAGGAAGAUAUUGUUCAUACACACUGGUGGGCUUCUUGGAUUGUAUGAUAAGGUUGAUCAAAUGGCAUCUCUGAUGGGUAAUUGGUGCCGGAUGGAUGUUUCAGAAUCCGUCCCAAGAAAAGAUGGUGUUGGGAAAAUGUUCUAGCAAAACAAAUUCUGAUUUGUGAUAAAUCCUGUGAAGAUGUUUCAGACACAGUUCUGUUUUCUAUUCUGAUGUACUAUGUUUAAUGGCUAGGGACGAUUAUGAUAAAUAAACGGUGUGUCCACUCUUUCUUAGUUAUAUUUGUUAAACGUCAGCUAUCUAUUUUCUUCUUUUGCUCAACAUUUUCAGCUAAAGUCAAGCAAUGCUGCUCUCUACCAGAGUAUCAGACUCCGAAGAUACACCUUAAUCGCUUCGAGAUAUGUCUAUGUUGUUUUAACCAGGUUCUUCUCACUUGUUUUUCAUGGAUUCAUUCCUCUUUCUGUUGUUUAAUGUUCCAGUGGGUGUAAUCCAUGUGUUUGCAUGUUUCGAAACAAGCUCAAGAUGCCCUACAAGUCUGUGUUAGAUACUCUGCUUAUCGAGUCAUCACAUGUUCCCAGAGUGUGACAAACUAAACUCAUCAUGGAUUCAGCAAAUGAAUAGCUUCAGGUUCC